UAUCUUUUUACUUUCACGAGAAAAUGGCGUCAAAAAUUCCCAUUUUAAGGAGCAUUUCUGCCGCUUCUUUUCUUCGUAAUAGCUCUAAGGCCACAUUUGCGCGCUGUUUUGGUACUUCAGCGGCCUAUCAAGAGUCAUUGCAUAAUGUCCCGGAAACCAAAGUUACAACUUUGUCAAAUGGUUUAAAAGUGGCCACUGAGAAUUCUGGUAUCCCAACAUCAACAGUUGGUUUGUGGAUAGAUGCAGGAAGCCGAUUUGAAACAGAAGAAAACAAUGGUGUUGCUCAUUUUCUUGAACACAUGGCAUUUAAAGGAACCAAACGGCGAACACAGUUACAGUUGGAACUUGAAGUUGAGAAUGCAGGAGCUCACUUGAAUGCCUACACUUCCCGAGAACAGACUGUUUACUAUGCAAAAUGUUUCAAUAAAGAUAUGGAUCAAGCUGUUGGCAUUCUUGCUGAUAUCAUUCAAAAUUCAAAACUUGGUGAACAGGAAAUUGAGAGAGAGCGAGGUGUUAUCUUACGCGAAAUGCAGGAAGUUGAUACUCAACUAGAAGAAGUCAUAUUUGAUCAUUUACAUGCAACAGCAUAUCAGGAUACUGCAUUAGGAAGAACAAUUUUGGGACCUACAGAAAAUAUCAAGAGUAUAAAUCGUGAUGACCUAUUGGCUUAUAUCAAUAAGCAUUAUAGUGCACCCAGGAUGGUUUUAGCUGCUGCAGGAGGUGUUGAUCACGAUGCACUAGUGAAAUUAGCUGAGAAACAGUUCAGUGGACUGAGAUCAACAUACGAGGAAACAGAUGUCCCUGAACCUUGCAGAUUUACUGGUAGCGAGAUUCGUGUACGUAAUGAUGAUAUGCCGUUCGCUCACAUCGCUAUGGCGGUCGAGGGCUGUGGAUGGACUCAUCCUGACUACUUUGCUUUAAUGGUCGCUAAUGUGUUAGUGGGAAACUGGGAUCGCUCGUUCAGUGGAGCCCACAAUUUAUCCAGUAAACUUGCCCAGGAUGUUGCUGAACACAAUUUGGCUCAUAAUUUCAUGUCAUUCAAUACUUGUUACACGGAUACUGGACUUUGGGGAAUUUACAUGGUGUGUGAUAAAAUGACGAUAGAUAAUCUUAUCUAUGUUAUACAAAAAGAUUGGAUGAGAAUUUGUACAAGCAUAACAGAUGCCGAAGUUGAAAGGGCUCGUAAUAUUUUAAAAACCAAUAUGCUGUUUCAACUUGAUGGUUCAACGCCAAUAUGUGAAGAUAUAGGCAGACAAAUGUUGACAUAUGGUCGUCGAAUCCCACUUCCUGAACUAGAUAAAAGAAUUGAUAUGGUGGAUGCGAAGACUGUGAGAGAGGUUGCCACGAAAUAUCUUUAUGACCGUUGUGUUGCUGUUGCUGCAAUUGGCCCCGUUGAGCAACUUCCUGACUACAAUCGUGUGCGAUCUGGAAUGUACUGGACAAGAAUAUAAGAAGAAUAAACCGUUUAGAUAAAUAUAUUUUGUCGAUUUACUUCCUUGUUAUGCUGUUCAGCAAAAUCACCAAGAAAUUAAGAUUCUUUGUAAGAUAAAAUUAAAAAGACAAAUAGUGAUGUUGAAAUAUUUUA